AUAGAUAUACCAUACUCAUUCUUUAGUCUCGAGACUUUCCUCUCUUUCACCUCUUUUUCUUCUCCUCUUCUCUUUUAUGGACCUUAUUGUCGUCACGAUCUCACCUUCUCGUUCCAAACAAAUUUUUUCCCCUGCUAGCUUAGAAAGUGAAAGAAACUGGAGGUAGGAAGCCGAGGCUUUUGUGUCUCAUCUAUGGUGGCGUCUCCCCGAAGUGGAAUCUAGGGCGCGGCGGAAAGAAGGGGAAGUGAAAGGCGGAGGACUUUUGAGUUUUAUUGGCCGAGAGGCUAGGGCACGGUGUGAUUUGGUUCGAUCUCGGUGUGGAAGCUCGGGGAAUCAACUUAUUGCGUAGUGGUUUUGUGGUUGUGGGAUUUUGGAAACCUUAGAUUUGGGUCAGGGUUGUGUGGUUGGCUGAUUAAGCUAGGGGCGGGGCUGCCCUUGCGAUUGACUGGGUUUUCAUGCUGUCAAAACCACUGCCUUGGGAUCGGAAGGACUUCUUCAAGGAGAGGAGAGGAAGCACGAGAGGUCGGAGUCUUUAAGUUUGCUGCAAGAUAGAGGACUCGCAUCAGGGUUCUUGGGAGUUUGCUCGCCGGAAUCGGCAGACUUGCGCCGUCCUACAGAAGCACGAGAGGUCUGAGUCUUUAGGUUUGCUGCAAGAUAGAGGGACUCGCAUCAGGUUCUUGGGAGUUUGCUCGCCGGGAUCGGUAGACUUUCGCCCCCCUACAGGUGAGUUAUGAAUCCGGGUUCUUGAUGAUUGUGAUGAAAUUCGUAGGUUUUGGUUUAAACCAAGAAUAAUAAUAGGGUUCUUAGAAAAUUGGAUCCGAGUCCUUUUGUUUUUAUUUUUUAUGAUUUGUUCUUUUUUGGUUUUUAAUUUUUAAUUUUUAAUUUAUUCUCUCCACGGGUCUGAUUCUUUGUUUUGGGGAAUUAGUUUUUGAUGAUGAUUCUUUCAUGGUUAUUGUAGAUCUGUUUUUUUUAGUCCAUUCGGUUUGUUAAUGUGCUGUUUAGUUGUGCAGAAAUUGUAAUUAAAAAAACAGAUAGUUUUUUAAUCUUUUUAAGUCAAAUAAAACUACCUGUAAGAAAGUUCUAGGUUUUGAAUUUUUGAAAUUUCAUCGUGUUCUUUGGUAUUUUGAUUUACCAUGAACUUUUUUUACCUAUCAAAAAAAAAAAAAAAAAAGGCUGGGCUAGAAAUUCAUAGACAUCAACUUGCUCAAAUCCAUGAUAGAAACCCUAUCAAAGCUAAAGGUAAAAAUCCUCUCCCUUCUCAUCCUACCAUUCAUCAAUUCAAUUAUUAUAAUGAUUUUUUUCAUGACUAAAUGAACAGAAACAGAUAAGUAGCAAUUUUUAGUGAAAGAUAGCCUUGAAAAUGGAAGUUUCUGAAUCUAGGCUUUGGACAAAAACAGUAUCACCAUGAUCUCUUCUCUCUUUUGAACUUAAAGGUCUAAAGCAUGCAUAGACUGUUAUGUGCGACAUAUUUUUAUGGUGCCAAAAACCUUUAUCUUCCAAGAAUUAGUGCAUAACUAUCAUGAAAUUCAGCAAAAUAGAGUAUGACUUAAUCCACCUGAAAAUUCUAGAACUAGAGCUUUGUUUUGUCAUUGAGGCAUUUUCUAAUUCAUUACUGAAAAUUUUACAUUAUUAUUUAUUAGUACAGUAUCAACUAUCACACAAACUUGUAUUUGUCUCUUAGAAGGUUUGAAACCUCUAAUUGGUGAUACACUCCUUGUUGCAGGGACACUUUUCUUUGCCAUGAGCAAUGUUGGGAUAAAGCGUCCCUGUGAGUGUACCAUUGCCCAUGAUAUAUCACUGGAAAAUGUUUCAAGAAUGCAUGAGCUUUCAGAAGCCUUCCAUGCUAUUUCCUUAAGACACACAUGCCUCAUGUCUAUCUUGGAGCAGUUUAGUAAACUGAGUUCUAGGGCCGGAGAUCUCAGCUUCAACAAGUUGAACGGAGAGAUUCCAAAUCUUGAUGGCCUAACAAACGUGCAAGUCAUGUGUCUGACAGGCAACCGGCUUAAUGGAAAUAUUCUAGAUGGAAUCAAGGGAAGGCAGAGCCGCACAUAUUAUGCUCUCGUAAUUGCUUGUCAUCAUCUUUUAUCCUAGCUUCUCCAUUUGUAUUGAAAGUGCAUUGCGUUAAAGAUAUGCUCUUCAGACAAGGGAAGCCUGGACAGAAGCUAGAGCAAGGACAACAAGGGAGAUUUUAUGCAUUGGGGUCACAAAAUGCAGAGUCAAAUGCCUUAGUGGAAGGUAUGAUCUUAUGUUUUAGCACUUGGGCACAUGUUUUAUUUGGUCUUUGAGCUACCCACUCUUUUAUUUCUACAUCAUGUGCCUCCAUGCUAGACAUAGAAUUUGUUCCCCUUCAUUAUUCAUUAUGUGUUGAGACUCCUAUGGGUGGUAAGGUGGAAACCGAGUGGGUGUGUAAUGCUUGUGUACUUUAUAUUGGGGAUCUUGAAGUUACAAUAUAUCUGGUUCUUCUUGAUAUUUCAUCCUUUGAUGUAAUUGUGGGGAUGGAUUGGCUAGACUGGCAUCAUGCUGUAUUAGAUUGUUAUUUGAAGAAAGUAACAUUCCAAAUCUCUUCGGGUUCAUAUUGAAGUUUCUAUGGUGACAAAAGGCUUACAUUUAUUCCAUUAAUUCGAAACCUAGAUGACAAGUGGUCAAGAAAGGAUGGUUUACACUAUUUUCUUUUUAAUAUGUUGGGAGAAGGCAAAAAAAAGAUAACUAUAGAUUGCAUUCCAAUGUUUUGUGAAUUUGCUGAUGCUUUUCCAAAAGAAUUGCCAUGUUUACCUCCUCAUAGAGAGAUGGAUUUUUGUAAUACCUAGUACUAAUGAAUUAAAUAGGCAAUAAUGAUUAUCUUACUACUUAACUUUAAGAAUGCUUAAUUAGAUGUUAAAACUAGUUUAGUGCUGAUACUGUUUAAUUAUGAAUUAAACUUUGAUUAAGUUUAAGUGGGAUUAUUUAAUGACUUAAGAAUGCUUAUUCGGUUCUUAGGGGCUGAUUAGGGUUAUGAAAACCUAAAGGACUAAUGGGCAAUUAUGGGUUUUAUUUUUUAUAACAAAAAGGACUAAAGUGCAAAAUUGGGAAAUUGCAGUUAGUGGAAUGCCACCUCUUACUUGGGUGGAUUGGUGGCAGCCAUGUGGGCUGCCACCUCGUGCUUGGCUGCAUGGAGAUCCCUUUAUAAGGGGGCUACAACUCGUUUUCCACCAUUUCACCUACAGCAACUUGGGUUAGAGAAAGAAUCUAGAGAGAGAGUGUCGAUUUGAGGUAAGCAA